UGAAUUUGAGCUGACGGAAGGAGGUAUUCUGAGAGGAAAGGGAGGAAAAGGAAAGACGACCACAGUUCCCACGAUGCACGGAGAGAUUACUACAUUUCCCAUGAUGCAGCGGGGGGGUGGGGCGUAGGGAAGAAAGACUGCUUGUCCCGCGAUGCUCUCGGCUGGCCGGUGGCGGAGAUUGAACCGGAAGACGCUUUCUGGGUCUGAGGAGUGGAGUGACUGGUAUUGAACAGCCAAAAGUCCAAUAUGAAACUGUAUUGCCUGUCAGGGCACCCAACCUUACCAUGCAAUGUGCUCAAAUUCAAAUCAACCACCAUUAUGCUGGACUGUGGACUGGACAUGACUUCCACCCUCAAUUUCCUUCCUUUGCCACUUGUUCAAAGUCCCAGGCUGUCUAAUCUUCCUGGCUGGUCCCUAAAGGAUGGAAAUGCUUUCUUGGACAAGGAGCUAAAGGAGUGCUCAGGUCAUGUAUUUGUGGAUUCUGUGCCCGAAUUCUGCCUACCAGAGACCGAGCUAAUAGAUCUGUCUACAGUAGAUGUGAUCCUCAUCUCUAACUAUCACUGCAUGAUGGCUCUGCCCUACAUCACUGAGCACACGGGGUUCACAGGCACGGUCUAUGCCACAGAGCCCUCCGUUCAGAUCGGCAGGCUUCUCAUGGAAGAGUUGGUGAACUUCAUUGAACGCGUGCCCAAAGCUCAGUCUGCCUCCUUGUGGAAGAACAAGGAUAUUCAGCGGCUGCUGCCUUCUCCUCUCAAGGAUGCAGUAGAAGUAUCAACCUGGAGAAGAUGCUAUACAAUGCAAGAGGUGAACUCUGCCCUUAGUAAAAUCCAGCUGGUGGGAUAUUCUCAGAAAAUUGAACUUUUUGGUGCAGUCCAGGUGACUCCUUUAAGCUCUGGCUAUGCCCUUGGAAGCUCCAACUGGAUUAUCCAAUCCCAUUAUGAGAAAGUGUCUUACGUCUCUGGAUCCUCCUUGCUUACCACACACCCCCAGCCCAUGGACCAAGCUUCUCUCAAAAACAGCGAUGUUCUCAUUCUGACAGGCCUUACCCAGAUUCCCACUGCAAACCCAGACAGCAUGGUGGGAGAGUUCUGCAGCAACCUGUCACUGACAGUCCGGAACGGAGGAAACGUGUUGGUCCCCUGCUACCCUUCUGGAGUGAUCUAUGACCUUCUGGAAUGCCUGUAUCAGUACAUUGACUCUGCCGGCCUCUCCAGCAUUCCUUUCUACUUCAUCUCCCCGGUGGCUAACAGUUCACUCGAGUUUUCCCAGAUUUUUGCCGAGUGGCUUUGUCACAACAAACAGACUAAGGUGUAUCUCCCAGAACCGCCUUUUCCUCAUGCAGAGCUCAUUCAGACCAACAAGCUGAAGCACUACCCCAGCAUCCACGGAGACUUCAGCAACGACUUCAGACAGCCGUGUGUGGUUUUCACUGGACACCCUUCCCUCCGAUUCGGGGACGUGGUCCAUUUCAUGGAGCUCUGGGGAAAAUCUAGUCUCAACACUGUCAUAUUCACAGAACCCGACUUCACAUACCUGGAAGCACUGGCUCCCUACCAGCCCUUGGCCAUGAAAUGCAUAUACUGCCCCAUUGAUACGAGACUGAAUUUCAUCCAAGUGUCAAAGCUGCUCAAAGAAGUGCAGCCCCUCCACGUGGUCUGUCCUGAGCAGUACACCCAGCCGCCCCCAGCGCAGUCCCACCGGAUAGACCUGAUGAUUGACUGCCAGCCACCCGCCAUGUCCUAUCGGCGCGCCGAGGUCCUCGCCCUGCCCUUCAAGCGUCGGUAUGAGAAGAUAGAAAUCAUGCCAGAGCUUGCGGACUCACUGGUACCCAUGGAGAUCAAGCCUGGCGUUUCCUUGGCAACUGUCUCGGCCGUGCUGCACACUAAAGAUAACAAGCACAUUCUCCAGCCCCCGCCCAGGCCUGCCCAGCCCACAGGCGGCAAGAAGAGAAAGCGGGCCAGUGACGACAUUCCAGACUGCAAGGUUUUGAAGCCUCUGCUGAGCGGCUCUAUCCCCGUGGAGCAGUUCGUGCAGACGCUGGAGAAGCAUGGCUUCAGUGAUAUUAAGGUGGAAGACACAGCCAAGGGCCAUAUCGUCCUGCUGCAGGAAGCUGAGACACUCAUCCAGAUCGAGGAAGAUUCGACCCAUAUCAUCUGCGACAAUGACGAGAUGCUCAGGGUACGCCUGCGGGACCUUGUCCUCAAAUUCCUACAGAAGUUCUGAGUGGAACACGAAAGCCAUCUCCACUUCCCUGAGACCCUGCUGCAGUCCUUCACUGUGGCUGCCCAGCACCCAGCGGAGGAAGGCCAUGCAGCCUGGCAGGUCUCUGUGGUGGUGGUCUCUGGCUUGAGCAACAUUCUCAGGAGUUACGGCCAGAAUCUCCCAGUCUGGCUUCUUGGUACUGUUUCAGGCAAGAGCUUUUCCUUUAACCUUCAGCCUCAUCUUCUUCCCAGUCCUGCCUCUCUCAGGUAGCCAGGCAGGUGAGGCAACAAGCCAAGGAGAAGGCUGAGAGCUACAGCAGCUUUCCAGGAGGUUAAUAGUGGACGGAGAGGUAAAAAGAUGAGGACUUGUGACCUGUUUUUCAUGGUUUCACAGGCCUUGGGCAGGGGAACUAGUCUUUGAGUUUGUUUUACUGUCUACAGUGCUGUACCUGAUAAGAAAGAUGCUCCCCCAAAAUUAGCAAAAUGAACCCAUCUAUCUGUAUUUUACAAUGUGAGCUCAUUUUGUUAAUAAAACUUAUUUUUUAUAGAAGUAGCUGUGUUCUGGUAAACCUACAAUUUAUACAGCCAUUUAGUAUCUGAACGAAUAUGAAAAUAUACAGAACUGAACUUAGAAAACACCACAGCAAAUUUUAGUUUGGUAUGUGCAUUAGUAUAUUUCUUAAAUUGUACGAACGGGUGCUUAACUUCAUCUGAGCUGUGUCAGUAUGAGAAACACCAGCACAGAGCGCUGACACUGACCUUGACCUUCUGGGGGAGGGCCUGAACCAGCAUCUCAGGCUCCACCCACAACCCUCCGCUCACCACUGCUUCUCCCACAGAUGAUCAGGAUUCUCCGCAUUGCGCUGAGCAGUAAAGUCAGAUGCCUGUGUCUGAAAUAAUGGAAUUGCUUAAAACAGGUAUUUACCAGAUUACAUCAACUCUGAGAUAGCAUCAGUUGUAACACACAUGCCAAUUUUGCAAGUAUUAAAAUGUGGAGAGUAGCAUACAAGUCUUAGAACUGGCCAGCAGUAGAAGUAGACGCUUACCGUCUUUUCGGGCCAGUUGAAAUUCAGUUGGAGGUCAGUCCAACCUGGCCAGCAGCAAAGCAUCACAAAGGGCUUUAGUGACCCAAGAACUGUAACACUAUAGAACUACUUCCUCAGGUUUCAUGGAGAGUUGGCUGUCAGUUCUGUCUCUGGAAUGGACACGUCAGUGGGAAGCAGUUCUUCAUUAGAGGAGGAAAAAGGCAACUUCAUUUUUGCCAUCUCCAACUUUGCCAGUCUUGGGCCCAGGAAUGGUUCAACCCUUCUCUGUUUCCCAAUGUGCAGGUCAUUCCAGUCGAGGGGCCCAGGGUGUGUCUGCAGCAUAAACUUCGGGAGAGGAUUAACAUUACAAGAGGCGGACAUGCCAUGGUUAUGAAAAUUUAGUUUUGUUUUUAGUAGGAGAAUUGUAAAUAUGCAGCACGUGUAGGCACACUUCCUAGUAAAACUUGAGAGAAGCAAGCUUUCUAAAGUCUUCUUAACGUCUUGAAAAAUGCAAAUGCAGUAUGAAAUAGAAAGAAAAAUCAAAAUGGUUAUUUUACUUAAAUGUUCCAACAGUGAUACGUCCAGGAAUGACUUGGAUUUGUCCAAGUUGGAUUUCUGUUAAGGGCUUGAUUAAUCCCAGGGGAUCCGUGAGAGGUGCUUGAGAGGUGGUUACUAAAGAGGCAAACAGUCCAUAAACUGAUGUGCAGGAAAUAAGAAAUGAUGACGGUUCUAACUGUCAUUACCACCUACUUCAUGGCAGAAGCCAGAGAGAGGAAGAAGCAAAGAAUCAUUUGUUAGAGCAGAGAAAUCUAGAGCCGGCCCUCCCAAGUAUUAGGAGAGAGCAGUUAUGAAUAACUCUACCUAGAGUUCAGGUAUUUGGAUACCAAACCAGGUUGGUGAAUAGAAGACCCAGAAGAAAUGGUGGGACCUGCUGUUAGCGCUAGAAUUAUACCACCCAUAGUGGCUUUGUUAUUUGGAAAUGCAGCCCGCUGACUAUUCACACCGAUCUGGGGAAGAGACGGACAUUUAGAAAAAUUUCUACUCAUAAGCCCAACAAACGCCUAAUGAUUAAAUAGUAAUUGAAAAAACAUUAAAAAUAGUGAGGAGGGACCUGAUUUUCUUAUUUCUUUUGAUCUUUCUGCAAAGUAGUAUAUCUAUUGCUGUGUAGCAAAUUAGCCCAAAAUUUAGUGGCUUAAAAUAGCAAACACUUAUUAUCUCACUGCUUCUGUGGGUCAGAAAUCUGGUGUGGCUUAGCUGGGCGCUCCUGGUUCAGGGGCAUCUCUCCACAGGGCCACAGUCAAGGCGCUGGAUGAGGAAACUGAGGUACAGCAAUUAACUUUCCCCAAAACCCAUCGCCAGUAAGUGGCUUCUGCCUUACCUUAACAAACAUCGUGUGUGAGCACCAGAGGUCAGGAGCUGGGGAAGGGACUUGAGGCGUAUCGUCCAUUUCUUUUUAAGUAAUGGUAACAACUAUUUGUCGUCUUGACCCCUGGAGAGCUUGAAGCCUUUGGGCCUCACCGUUUUCCUAUAGAGGCAGAAGUUGGCUUUUCCAAACUGUAGACAUACCUUGGGGAUAUUGCUGGUUUGGUUCCAGACCACAACAAUAAAGCACAUGAUCACAGUAAAGCAAGUCACAUGGAUUUUUUCAUUUCCCAGUGCAUAUAAAAAUUAUGUUUAUACUGUAGUCUAUUAAAUGUGCAAUAGCAUUAUUUUUUUUUUUAAAAAAGUGUACAGACCUUAAUUUUAAAAUAAUGCUGCUGGGGAAAUGGCACUGAUAGACUUACUUGACGCAGGGUUGCCACAAACCUUCAAUCUGUUAAAAAAAAAAAAAAAAAAAAGCAGUAUCUGCAAAGCACAAUAAAAUGAGGUUUGCCUGUACAGUGAAGUAUCAACAGAAAUGAGAGUGCAGAAACCUCCAAAGCUGUAUGAUCAUAUAUUCAUGUGAGCCAAGCAAACUGGUGAGGAAAGGGAGCUACUUUCCUUUGGCCCAAGUCCAGUUUUUCCCCUACAGCCAUGAGGAAAGUUGAAUGCUGUCUCAUUGUUUUCAUGCCAUACUGUGGGAAGGUAGAAAACCUCUGAUGUCCCCAAAUUCACUGCAGUGGAACUAUGGGUAAAUUACUCUUUUUCAAACCUAGAAUGAGGUAAAAAUAACCAACUACAGUUCUGACAGAAGUCGCAACUAAAUUAUGGAGAUAGGCAAUGUAGAACUGAGCCAAACAUGUCUAUUCUUGCAGGAGGCUGCAGCCAACACUGUUCUUGGAUCCCAUUUUAGGUUUAAUCACAUCAUAGAAGCAUUUUACCAUCUAUAGAUUCAAUGCCAUCCCUAUCAAAAUUCCAAUUGCAUUUUUCACAGAAGAAAAAAGUCAAAUUUGUAUGGAACCAGAGAAGACCCUGAAUAGCGCCUCCCCCCCAAAAAAAAAAUUCAUGAGAAAGAAGAACAAAAGCUGGAGGCACAAUUCCUGAUUUUAAGCUUUAGUACAAAGCUAUAGUAACCAAAACAGUAUGGUACUGACAAAAAUAGACACACAGGCCAAUGGAACAAAAUCGAGGGCCCAGAAAUAAACCCACACAUAUACAGUCAACUAAUAUCGACAAGGGAGCCAAGAAGACUCAAUGAGGGAAGGACAGUCUUGUCAGUAAGUGGUGUUGGGAAAACCGGAUAACCACGCACAGAAGAAUAUCUUACACCACUCAUAAAAAUUAACUUGAAAAGGAAUAAAGACUUAAAUGUUUAAGACCCAAAACUAGAACUACUGGAAGAAAACGUAGGGUGAAAGCUCCUUGACAUUGGUCUUGGCAACAAUUUUUUGGCUAUGACACCAAAAGCACAAGCAACAAAAGGAAAAUAAACAACUGGGACUACAUCAAACUAAAAAGCUUCUGCAUAGCAAAGGAAACCAGCAAAAUGAAGAGGCGACCCAAUGGGAGAAAAUGUUUGCAAACUAUCUGAUAAGGGGUUAAGAGCCAAAAUAUAUCAGGAACUCAUACAAAUCAAUAGCAAAAAAAGUGGGCACAGGACUUGAAUAUACAUUUUUCCAAAAACAUACGAAUGGGCCAAAAGGUACAUGAUAAGGUGUUCAACAUCACAAAUCAUUACCGUACACAUACACAAUGGAAUAUUAUUCAGCCAUAAAAAGGAAGGAAUUCCCAUCUUUUACAACAACAUGGAUGGACCUUAAGGGCAUUAUGCUAAGUGAAAUAAGUCAGACAAGCACUAUAUGUUCUCACUCAUGUAGAAUCUAAAAGAGCUGAACUCAAAAGAUAGAGCAGAAUGGUGGUUGCCAGGGGCUAGGAUAGGAGGUGGGGAAAUGGGGAGAUACAAAUGUCCAGCUAUAAAAUGAAUAAGUUCUAGGGAUCUAAUGUACAGCAUUGUGACUGUAAUUAACAAUGCUGUAUUAUAUACUUGAAAGCUGUUAAGAGAGUAGAUCUUAAAAGUUAUUACCACACAAAAAGGUAAUUAUGUGACAGGAUAGAGUUAACCUUAUUGUAGUAAUCAUUUCUCAGUGUAUAUGUGUAUCAAAUCCUGUGUACACCUUAAACUUACAUAUGCUGUACGUCAAUAAUAUCUCAAUAAA